AGCAACACUCCUCCCUUUUAGAUAUCAACAAUUAGCCGGAGUACUUCAGUAACAGUAUCGUUCCAAUCGAGAACAUAAAAUUCCAAUCGUAUCAUAUUAAAAUAAAUAAUAAUUCAUCCGAUCAUAUUUAUCGAGGAAAUGCCUUUGGUGGACAGUGCUUAUUGUUCAAGACCCAUCAACGUUCCACCCCAUCUGCCAUUGAUUUUGAAACAAUUCUGCAAAGCCGCAAUCAGAACACAACCGUAUGAUCUCCUCAAAUGGUCAACCGCUUAUUUCCGAGCACUUGCCGAAGGAAUUGAACCCCCAGCCAAAAUCAGACUUGAAUAUCCAUUGCCUGGAACAAUAUCCGGUCUUACUUUAGGAUUUUUGAAAGUCCUAUUACGUCAAUUUGGUGAUUAUAAUAAAGUAUUCCCGGUGGAGACGAUUCUACGUCGGUGGGACGACCUGUGCCUCGAUCGUCGGGAUUUAAAUCUCAUUAUGAUUAUUGGCAGAUUCCGGCACAAAUGUCAAGUUAAAAAAUUCCUCGCCAUUGCAGUGGGUCUUUUAGGCACAACUUUGUUCGAGACAAUGCUUUUGAUUUGUGAAUUAUUUACGUUGGAACCUGAUGGUGGCUCUGGGAUGAUUCCUAUCAGUUUAUUCAUGGAACUUUACGGGUAUUUGGCCGGUUUGAAGUGCGACGGAGGUAAAAGAGAAGCAGCAGAGGAAGAUCCGAGUGAAUUCCUCAUUCUCGGGCCGUCAGGAAUUCUUCCCUCCGGGGCAGAUUCUCAGGAAAGCCUCGGGGCAAAGGCUAUUUCCCUGACUAGUCAGGAUACAGACGUCGAUGUAGAGCUCGACUGUGACAAUUUGACCGACAAUACUCUGCACGAAUCGUCGACGGACGUUGGAGAAUCGAAUAAUUUCCAAUUGGAGGACAGAGAAAAUUCAAUGCUUCCUGAAGUGGAAAUGGGAAUUUCUGUUCAACGCAGCGAGGAAAAUAGUGAAUCCCGUAGUGAAGGGAGGAGGGGAAUCCUUAGUGGAGCUCGGAGUGAACCAGAAGGAGGGAAAUUCCGGAGAAAAGGAAUGCUGCCGCCGGAAUUGUCUUCUCAUUAUCCAAACAUUCCAGGGAUUGGGCCUCGAUUGUCUUCGGAGCAAGUGGCGACUGUUGCAGUCUGGAUGACAGAAUGUGCUCGACUCCAGGAGGGAAUGGUGGGCCCUCGCAAUCUCCGACAUUUUCAAUGUCCACCUCUAGAUCGCCAAGACUCACUGACAUAACGAAAAUAUUAGAAUUUCU